AUGAACAAACUUAACGGAUUGGUCAGGAACACAGAACCUGAUAUUUUCCCAACAGAACAUCUGGCCCGGAAAGUUAUAGAGCAGUUACGUACGUAUUGGCCAGAAUUGAAGAUUGUUCAUGGGAAGCCUCGUCACAGCCAGUCGCAGGGUUCGGUUGAGAGGGCCAAUCAAGACGUAGAAAAUAUGCUGGCUUCAUGGAUGAAGGCUAAUAAAAUUACAAAGUGGUCUUAUGGUCGUUUUGUCCAAUUCAUGAAAAACAGAGCUCUACAUUCAGGAAUUAAACAAUCACCAUACAAAUCUAUAUUUGGGACUGAACCAAGAGUUGGAAUGACAACCUCUACCUUGCCAACAGAUAUUAUAAAAUCUAUUGAAGACGAGGAUGAACUUCAGAACAUUUUCGAGGAUAUGAAUGCAGAGGAACAAGAAAUUGAAUAA